AUGUCCGAUACAAACGAAAGAACUUCAUUACUUAAUCCACUGAUUUCAAGAAAUGAGGAUAUCGAUGAGAAUGAAAUCAUAUCUUAUGUUCAACAUAGAAGACAAUCAAUAGCUGCAUCAACUAUAUCCAAUGAGAAUUUUCCUAAAUCAUUCAAUUUUCAACAUCAUAAUCAACAUCAAUCAACAAUUUUGGAUGGAAACACGUUAGGUAGAACAAUAUCUAAUAUUUCUACUAGAUCACAUAAUACAAUUCAAGAAAUAAUAUCCAAUCAACAAAACUUACCACCAGAACCAAAAACAACAAUUUAUUCUGAAUUUAUUAAAAUUUCACAAUUUUCAAUUCCUUUAAUUAUAACAUUUUUAUUACAAUAUUCAUUAACUGUAGCAAGUGUAUUUAGUGUUGGAAAAUUAGGUAGUAAUGAAUUAGCAGCAAUUAGUUUAUCUUCAAUGACUGCUAAUAUAUCAGGAUAUGCAAUUAUUCAAGGAGUUAGUACUUGUUUAGAUACUUUAUGUGCUCAAUCAUUUGGUAAAAAAGAUUUUAAUUCUGUUGGAAUUCAUUUUAUUAGAUGUACUUAUUUAUUAUUAUUAUUAUUUAUUCCAAUGGCUAUAUUAUGGAUUUGGGGAAGUUAUCCCUUGUUGAUUAAAAUAAUUGGAAAUGAUGAAGAUAAUGAAAAAAUGUGUCAAUUAGCAAGUCAAUAUUUAAAAAUUUUAAGUUUAGGUAUACCAGGAUUUAUAAUUUUUGAAAAUGGUAAACAUUUCUUACAAAGUCAAGGAAUUUUCCAUGCAAGUACUAUUGUUUUAUGUAUUUGUGCUCCAUUAAAUGGUUUAUUGAAUUAUUUAUUGGUUUGGGAUAAAUCAAUUGGUUUAGGUUUUAUUGGUGCUCCUAUUUCUGUUGUUAUAACCAAUUGGAUAAUGUGUUUAUCAUUAUUAGGUUAUAUUUAUUUCAUUAAUGGUUAUCAAUGUUUACCCAAAACAUCAUCAUAUUUUAGUUCUGUAUUUUUCACAAAUUGGUCAAGAAUGAUUAAUCUUUCAAUACCUGGUGUUUUAAUGAUUGAAGCAGAAUGGUUUGCAUUUGAAAUAAUUACAUUUGAAGCUGCUAAAUUUGGUACUUUUACAUUAGCUGCUCAAUCAAUUAUAAGUACCACUUGUGUUAUAUUUUAUCAAAUUCCAUUUGCUUUAUCAAUUGCUUCAGGUACUAGAAUUGCAUGGUAUAUUGGAGCAGCAUCUAAAAAAUCUUCAAUUAUAACUACAAAAGCAACAAUUUAUUUAUCUAUAUUAUUAGGAUUAUUCAAUUGUUCAAUAUUAUUUACAUUUCGAGAUUUUUUUGUUAAAUUAUAUACUACUGAUGAACGAGUUAUUGAAUUAGCUAAAAAAGUAUUAAUUAUUGGUUCAAUUUAUCAAAUUAAUGAUUGUUUAUCAUGUGCCACUGCAGGUAUAUUAAGAGGUCAAGGUAGACAAAUGAUUGGUGGAAUAAUGAAUUUGAUUGGUUAUUAUUUAUUAGCUUUACCAAUUGCUUAUAUUUUUGCAUUUAUUUUAAAUUAUAAAUUAAUUGGUCUUUGGUUAGGUAUGUUAAUUGCUUUGAUGUUUGUUAGUUUAAGUCAAUUAUAUUUUGUUAUUAAUAGUAAUUGGGAUAAAAUUAUUCAAAAUUGUAUUGAAGAAGGUAUUAUUGAAGAUGGUAAUUUAAAUAUUGAAGCUCAUUCGAUGUUACCAAGUAUGAGCAAUUCAUUAGUUGUUUGA